AAAUCGAACUUUAUUAUAUUUUUUUCGAUCUUAAUUAAAGUAUGUAUGUAUAAAGAAUUAUAUUGUGUUACAAAUUCAAUAUUUCAAUGGUUUACAAAAGUUAAUGUUAAUUUGUGUUUGUAAAAAUGUCUUAUGUUUACCAGAAUUAUGUAAAUGUAAAUAGUAUGAAUGUACAUAAGUAGCCGUGCAAUAAUAAAAUUUCGCGCAUUGUGACUUUAUAAAUAAAUAUUUGAAGAUUGUUGGCAAAUGCUUAUUAAUUUGUUAAAGUAUCUUUCGUUAAUAUAUUGUUAGCACUUUAUGGAAAUAAAAAUGUAUUGAACUACAGAUUUGUAGAAAUUUCAGUAAAUUUUACGUUAUUAUUAACAGUAUUAACAGCAGCUUUACAGAGUAUAUACAUACAUGGAGUUACGUGCACACUGUUCUUUGGAACCCUUUGGUAUAAUCACAAUUAGGUACUAAGUUCUUUGAGUUCAAUGCAUUUGCUUUUUAUUUGGGCUAAUGUGCAUAUUUUGACGGGGUUUUAACAAUAGAUUUUUAUAUAUUAAUAGCUAGAAUUCGAUUUGGAGUUACACUCAGCAAAUAAAGAUUGCCGCCUUACACUAUUUUUUUUUUAAAUAUUAUAAUACAAAUUUUAAUAUUCUUUAAGGAAGGAAGUUUGAAGGCAAUACAUUUUUGUGUUUUUAUAGUACUAUAUUAAUAGCAUUUUAAGUUCUUUACGUUAACAUGAGCGUAAUAAAUUUUUUUUUUUAUCAAAAAAUUAUCGAAUUAUAAGAACUAUGCAAUAAUUCAAAAUAUACUUAGCUUAAAUAUUAAAUUAUAAUUAUAUACUUAUGAUAUAUCAAAUGAGUUUCGGUCAGGAUUGCGAUUUUUUCAAGUAAAAUUUUUGGAUUAAAAAUCAGAUUUUAAUUUUUUAUUCCCGAUGUUGGGAUUAAUUUCAAUUUUUAAAUCCUAGAUGUUUGGAAUAAAAAAAUUAAAAUAUUAUUUUUUGAUUUGAAUGAAUGCGAAAAAAUAUUAAUUUUAGAACAAAUUCUUUGAGAUUAAAAUGUUUUUUGUUUUUUAAUCUGAAGCGCGAGAUUAAAAUUUUGUGUUUUAUUUUAAUCCUGUAUUUGGGAUCACCAAAUUAAAAAAAAUUUUAUUACAAAUGGUAAUUCAAAUAUUUUUUAAUGCAUUAUUUGCAACCCUGGUUUCAGUUUACAAUUUCCUAGUUGGGGUUUUAAGACGCAGUUGGUCGUAGGCCUAAAACACUAAAUAUAUUUUACAAUUGAGAACUAGCUAAGUGAAAAUAUUAGCCAUUUAUUUCAUUUCGCUUUCAAAAGCGGAGACGAAAAAGUUUAGAUACUAAUUUGAAAUAUUUUGUGGGAUAAAGGUAUAGUUAGUAGCUGAGGUAAAAAAUACUACAGACAAAAAAUUAAAAACAAUAGAAAAGUAAAUUUAUAUAUUUACUCACCCUAUACUACUACCUACACGCAUAUAUAUUGUUUUAUUAUAACGAGUUGAUCUACUCUAGAUAAUAACAACCAAAUCUGCACGCGCAAUAAUUCAUAACAACAACAUAAACAAAUAUUAAAUAUACAAAAAUUAGUUUUUAUAUACAUACAUACAAACUACAUAAUUGUAUUUUUGCUGCAUAUAACUAUAUAAAUAAAGCGAUAAAGGGUAUCACAAACUUUGGCGAGCUUUUCAGUAAAUAGCUAUCUGCUUGUAUAUACACGAGUAUAGAAUCGAUUACAAUUUAAUUAAAUGAAAUGCAACUAAAUAUGUUAUAUUUCAUAAACAGCAAACUGAUAACACAUUGAAGAGCUAAAGCGCACGUUUUCUACAUACAUAGGUAUGUACCUUUCUCUCAAAAAAUAUUUUACUGGUUGGCUAUUUGAAUAUGUUAUAUAUGUGGCGAGAAGAACACGGCGUAAAUUUGAGAACAAGUUCGGCAUAAAACUGUCAAUGUCAUGGACGCGAUAACACGUUGCUCAACAUAUGUAUAUAUGUAUAUGAAUAUAUAUAUGUAGCAAAAAGAGAGUUUUAUGCGCUAACUUUCUCUCUCUUCUAAAUUUUUAUUUUCUUUGGUAAGUACUACUUCCUUGUUUGUAUUGCUAUUCGAAUAAUUAAAAAUUAUUUUAUCUGCGAUCUAUUUGUAGGAACUUGAUUCUAAUGGCAUUAGUUUGAAAACCAGAAAAAAUAAAACUUGGUUAGCUUCUACACUGCUCAAGCUUAUCACAAUAAUUAUAAUGUAAAUAAUAGUGAUGAUAUAUAUGUAUUUUUAUUAUUAUGGCUAUUUACUAUUAAUUAUAAAAUUUUUGGAUAAUAACAUUUUUAACAACUCUUCUGAGCACAAUUUAUGCGAAAUUAUUUUAAUAUUAUGUUUAUUUAUUCCCUCCAUACAAAGAAAUAGUAAAAAUACUACACUUUUUAUAUUUUUAACACCCAAACCCCACAAACAUAUCCCAUUUCAUAUUAUGUUGGCAUUCCUAUACAUUAACAUGUGUAUGCUCACAUAACACAAUUGUCGCUCUUCUAUUAUUUUUGUUCUCAAGGUGAGAGUUGCCGGCAUAUAAAGUACAUAUAUUUAUAUAUACAAGUAUAUAUAUACACGAUCAAUUAGCAAAUACAUUUAUAUCGAUAUAUACUAAUAUAUAUUAAUAUAUACAAACUGUAAAAAGUAUGUACAUAUUGACAGAGCUUGUCGCCAAUCGUGCCUCCACACAAUUGAGCAUAUACAUAUAUGCAAUAAAUAUUUAGUUUGUAGGAGAUUUUGUGGAGAAGCGGUGAACUAGAGGUGUGCGUAUUGGGUUUACUUAAACACGCGCUGGUGACUUUUUUCUUUAUGUUUAUUUAUAUGUAUUCUGUACUCAUGCUAGUAUGCAUGUUGGAAAAAUUUCUGGUUUAGAGAGAAGUAGUUUACUGGGUAACGGAGGGGGUCUUGGACCACCUAAUAUCACUAAAAGUAUUAACGACUUCAUAGAGAAAGUUGCUAAUCAACUAGUAUUAUAAAAAAAAAACAAUUAAAUAAAUUUCAAUGAAUGCCAGAUAUAACUAUUUCUACUCUUCUAAAUUUCAAAGUUGUGACCUUGACUAAAUACUUCGGGGUUAAUAGUUGGUAUUUUUUUUAUCAAUUGAAGGAAAAACAGAGCAAAGAGCACUCACUGAUAUUUCACACAGAAACAGAAGUCAAGGAACUUAAACAACUAAAGUUCAUUCGAAAUAUAUUGAUCAACCACGGAUUCCCCCAACAUUGCUGGAACUAAAGGUUGCACAAGCCGUAAAACAAUUAUUAUAAGGCUAUAAGUUUCGCAUAUACUCGUAUACAGACGGACAGACAGGUGAACACAGCUAAAUCGACACGCUGGUCAUUUAUAUAAAUACUUUAUGAGGUUUUCUCGAACAUUUUAAUUUAUUUACUAUCGUGAAAGAUCACAAGUAGUCCAGAUGUCACCCCCAUAAAUAAAGUUUUUCGAUGCACCAGCGCAAAACACGUAUGCAUAUAUUCUGCUUUAAUUUUCCAAACAAAUAAAUACUUCUAGUAUUCUAGGAGGCUAGGCAGCAAUGCGAAAGCUGAAGAUAGUUCAGUGUGCGACUGAGUGCUGAAGAGUGUGGAUCGCUUUAGUGGAACUGGUAUGUAGAUAUAACGAAAGCACAAUACGCUAUACAUUUUUGUGUGUGUGUGUGCCAGUGGAGAACAUUUUCUUGUUGGCGAUACAUAUUUACAUACUUACAUGCAUAUCUUUUUAUUUAUCUGGCUGCGUGGAAUAUUUGAAUUAAUUAAAACGAACGGAAAAUGGCGCUACGUAUCGUCUUCACAAUGCCAGUGACCAAGGCUAUGAGCCAAACUUUGGUGCGAGCCAUGUCAUCACAGGCCGUUACCGCCAAGAAUGUUGGCUUCAUCGGACUCGGCAACAUGGGCGGUCAUAUGGCCAGUAAUCUGAUUAAGCAGGGUCACAAAUUGCAUGUCUUUGAUAUCUCGAAGGAGGCUUGCGACAAUUUGAAGGCCAAGGGCGCUACUGUCUAUGAUAAGACCACCGAUUUGGCGAAGAACUCUGAUUACGUUAUCACAAUGUUGCCCAAUAAUGAUAUCGUAUGGAAGGCGUACAACGAUAUGACUGCCGAUGGCGUCAACAAGAACACUGUUUUCAUCGACUCAUCCACCAUUGAUCCAAAUGUGGUGAAACAGUUGCAGAAGUUCAUUAGCGAAAAGGGUGCGCGCUUUAUUGAUGCACCCGUAUCGGGUGGUGUACCCGGCGCUGAGCAGGCCACACUGACCUUCAUGGUUGGUGGUACGCAAGAUGAAUAUAAUACUGUUAAACCUAUUCUGGAGGGUAUGGGUAAACGUAUCACAUACUGUGGCAGCUAUGGUAUGGGUCAGGCGGCGAAAUUGUGCAACAACAUGAUGUUGGCCAUUUCCAUGAUUGGCACAUCGGAGGCGAUGAACUUGGCCAUACGCCAAGGCUUGGACCCAAAUGUAUUUGCCGAAAUCAUUAACUCGUCCACCGGGCGCUGUUGGUCAUCGGAAUUGUACAAUCCAGUGCCCGGCGUCACACCCACGGCACCCAGUAAUAGAGACUAUGCUGGUGGUUUCUCCACCGAUUUGAUUACUAAGGAUUUGGGUUUGGCUGCCGGUGUGGCCACCGCGACCAACACACCCAUUCCUUUGGGUGCUCUGUCACAUCAGAUAUACCGUACACUGAAGGCACAUGGCUUGGGCAACAAGGAUUUUUCUGUUGUCUAUGAAUUCAUGAAGAAUGAGGGCAAUAACUAAGUAGACUUUUAGUGAGCGGUAGAGCAAAAUUGCGCCACAUAUCCAUACAUACAGACAUAUGUAUAUGCUCUAAUAUUUGUUAGCAUUUACGCGUUUUUCUAGGGCUUUAAACUACAAGUGUUGGUUACUGUACACAUGUGUGUGACAUUUAGGAUUCUAACCAGAAUUGCAUUUAUUGAAAUAUUAUUAA